GUCAAGAGACUUGGGAAGUCACCUUCUUCUUUCUCAUAUUCUAUUACUAUGCUAGGCCCUUCCAAUAGCAUAAAAAAGGUAAGCCCUUGGAGUGUAAGUGUCAAUUCCCAACCAUCUAGUUCUAAUGGAAGUUGUAGUUGCAAAGCCAGUUUAAGAAAGUUCAUUUUCAAGCGGUACGUGUGACUGCAAGAAAAUGUUUCCCUACAGUAGCAUUGACCCUUACCUUUUUCGGGCUUCCAUGUGAGCCAGUUUUCAAGACUUUAUACAGCAGUGGUAAGGUACAAAAAUGUCAUUUCUUCCGGAUCUACGACUUAAUAGAAAGAUAGGACCAAAGUCAAGUGAUUCAACUCAAGCACGAACCGCUACCUCUUCUUCUCCGACUUAAAAGAAAGGAGAGGGAAUGAGAACGAAAGGGAUAAAGAUCGAAAGGAAGGUAAGCUACGAAUGAGAGACAAUAGGAAAGCUCACCGGAAUAAGGAUGGCAAGAUAGGGCAUGAUAGAAAGCCAAGAAGAAGAGGGACUACUUUGAUAGCCUAGCUUGAUGUAAGAUAUGGAUCUAAACCUUCGAAAAAGGUAGGAAUGAGAUAGUUGGGUUUUCGUGGCACUCUUUCUCUUACUCGAGAGCAGACUUCUGCCAUGGGACUUUAGGAUUUUUUCAUUCCUGAAAGAAAAGGGACGCAAGCUAUGUCAGUUGACCAAUGGAAUGCUACUGAAGGGAUGAUGAAAAGUGGUUCUGAGUCCUCGAGGGCAAGUGAGACUGGGAUGACAUACAAGCAGGUAUUGCAGAGUCCUCCUGGAAUGACUAGACUGGUUGAAAACCUUCAGGCAUAGGAUGUGUGAGAGCUGUUCGAAUCUCCUCCAUGCAGAAUUAUUUGAUUCUGGAGCCAUCCAGUUGGGUUCUGCCAUAAAGGAUGCUGCUCAGAGGUUGGUCCCCAAGCAGCCAGUUCUGUCACUUGGGGGGCAGCAUAGGAGAACUUUUUUGCAGCUUCGGAACUUCAAGAGCGGAAGACCUACACCAAAUCCGCUGGCAAUGUUUGGGAAGAUGCCUAACUUUCCAGAGAAACCUAGGAUGGUUAAGGUCCCCAUUCCACCUGCUGAUCAAUGGCUGUCUGCUGUCCAUAAAUCCAAGUCUGAGUUCUGGUCAGUUUGGGUGACUGUGCCCCAAUAGAUGGGGGUCUUGAAUGAGUCCGCUAGCUAGCUUCCUAGAAAGAAGCACGAGCGUCACGCUUUGAAGCCCCGCUAUCGGGAGGAAGAAGACUCUUGUACUUACAGACAAGAAGCGUGGGCCUCUUCGAUAGAAGCACUAGAGCGGUGUGAUUCAAUUCUACUCGUUCUAGAUAUACAUGAAGUAUAGAAUCGAGGUCGCUGGGAUCAAUGAAGAAUUUUGGAUCUUCUGUAACAUGAAAACAUUUCAUUAACUAGAACAUGUCAUGAACAUUUGUUUAGUCUAGAACAUUUUUUGAAGUAUGAUAUUCAAAUGAGGCGGAAAUAAGAGAACGGAUCUCCUGUUGUUUGUACCAUUGAAUUGAGUAGUUGAAUAAAUGUAGCUAACGAACGAUGGAAGAAUCGAAGAUGUGCCGCUCCUGUUAUUUUGCAUUUGCAUUCUGUUGUUUGAGACCUUGUUCUUUGAAAAGAUCGAACGAAUGCAGCUAUGUUCGACUGAUUUUGAUUGAUUUGAAUCCGGGUAAAAUGCGCUUUCAUUGUUUUCGCACUAGGCGAGAUGAAUGAAAACAAGGCCAAUUCAAUAGCUGCAAAGCACGUAACUACUUUACCUAAAGCAGUGGGCUUCGAACUGGCAAUUCAAUCUUUCUUCCCAUCGCCAUGGAGCUUAGUCCCGUCUUCGACUCUAUCCAGUCGACUUUUUUUCGAACCAGUACGGGGAAAAACCUUCAUUAUCAUGAAAGGUACGGGAACACAUAAGCAAGAACGGCGGGAAAGCGAUUAAGGCAAGGGGAAAAAAUUCCGUGGUUCGGGGAAGUGACCCUAGUAGUGUGUAGGUAAGGGAAUAAUAAAGCUUACCUGGAAAAAAGGCAAGGGUGUACAAAGCCAUAGUUCGGGGUUCUCGCCAUCGACUCGGUUGCUUUCCUUCUCAAUACCGGGGCAAGGGCUCCUUCUUUAGCUAUUAGCGCCCGUGGAGAUUGUUUGGUUUGGCCUUUACCGGGGCCUCCACUAGAGUAUACUAUAUAGAUAGGCUAAAGCCCCUCUUUCACAGUCGUUUCACCCCGGAGAAACCGAAACAUAGCCCUUCUCAUUUACAUGAAAAGCUGUUUCACCCAAUUCGUACACGGCAACUAUUGCUUUCCUCGAAGUCAAUUCACCGACGCAAGCAACCUCAUCAACGGGAUCGCCCGACAACGAACUCUUUGUUCGGUCAGCGAGUGAGAGGAGGAGGGGGCCCCUUACGAGGGGAAGAAGGGACAUGGUUAUUAUUAUUACCCGCCGCACCAAUAAUACGGGAGAAGGGAAAUCAAGCAAGACCUGUGAAUCCUAAGAAAAGAGUUCUGAGGAAUGUGAGAUGCGUAGGGAUGAGAUAAGCGUUGGCUAAGAAUAUAUAAGGGAAGCGGAAACUGCCCACAGAAUCCUGGAAAAUGGGCUUUUGACCUGGCUAGCGCUAUUGCUUUGCAAGGUAAGGAAAUGUUCAACUCGUCUGCUUGAAAUCGAUAGAGUUGAGAAGCGUCUGCUAAUCAUGGUACGAGUUCUCUCUUUAGGUCAGUCUGAUGUUCAAGUAUCAAUGAAAGUCUUAUUUCAGCGAAUGCAGUAAGGCUAACAGCUGGCUCUGGCUGAUUCGAUGCCAUCUAUGAAUCCUUCCCUCCCUCCAUCUGCAGCCUUUAUUGCCUUUAUUCUGUGUCUUUUCUCAUUCAAAAUGCAACUUUGAAAUUGCGUAGGUGAUGGCAGAAAAUCCAUCAAGAAAUUACGUAAGGUGAUAGAAAGAAUCCUUCAGUAGGCUAAUCUUGACAGUUUUCAUUUUCGAUUGAGAAAGCGGCAGGCCCAAAGAGCACUACAGUAGCGCCUUGCGAGGUCGUAGAGCCGGUAACCCUCGUUCGCCUAAGAUCGAAAAUGCUCUGUCUUUGAGGAAAAAGAGAUAUAGAUAGUGUUCCAGGAUUUCAUUGUUUUGAGUCUUUACUUAACUCGACCGCCUUUCGACUCCCAUGCUUUUCUUUGGUCAACAACCAAGCACAUUUCACAAGAGUUCUUCACAACUCCUACAGGCUUGACGGAGUUCAGAGUUCAGUCUGUCUGGAGGGAAUUAUUUUAGAUCAAUCACUAUGUUUAACAACGUUCGACGCAUCUCUUUAUUUGAUGAGAAGAGUCUUAACUCAACUUCGAGUGAUACAGCUUCUAUGUGGAAUGAUUUUCCAUCGGUCCCUUCUGACCUGCCACCCUUACCAGCCGACUCGGUUCCAUCUGUCCCCUCAUUACCUUCCAUAGCAAGUGAUGUUGAGGUGGAGCAGCCGGCUCCUUCUAAUUAUAAUUACGAGACUCAUGGUAUUGAUGAGGAUCAUCCGGGUCUUAACCCGGACAGUGAACGUAUAGUAGAGCUUCAAUCUGAUAUACACGAUAAAUUGGGAGAGUUGAUGACUAACAAGAGUGACCAAGACGUUCUGAGUGCGGCCGAAGCUUUACAUGGCGAAAGCAACAAUAUCCCUUUUCUGGAGCACCUGUUAGAUGAUUUGAACAAAAACGGAAUAGAAGGUGAAGCCUAUAAGGAUGCCCUGGAUCUAUCGAAUAGGUUGGGUAUAUUACCCGAUAAAGCAGCUUUGUGUGAUGCAGCGGAGCCAUGGCAAUUAGGAUUUCAAGACGCAGCAAGUCCUAUGAUGCAAGGAAUAAUCGAUUUACAUCACGAUAUCUUUUUCUUCCUCAUUCUGAUUUUGGUUUUCGUAUCACGGAUCUUGGUUCGCGCUUUAUGGCAUUUCCACUAUCAAAAAAACCCAAUCCCGCAAAGGAUUGUUCAUGGAACUACUAUCGAGAUUCUUCGGACCAUAUUUCCUAGUAUCAUCCCGAUGUUCAUUGCUAUACCAUCAUUUGCUCUGUUAUACUCAAUGGACGAGGUAGUAGUAGAUCCAGCCAUUACUAUCAAAGCUAUUGGACAUCAAUGGUAUCGGACUUAUGAGUAUUCAGACUAUAACAGUUCCGAUGAACAGUCACUCACUUUUGACAGUUAUACGAUUCCAGAAGAUGAUCUAGAAUUGGGUCAAUCACGUUUAUUAGAAGUGGACAAUAGAGUGGUUGUACCAGCCAAAACUCAUCUACGUAUUAUUGUAACACCUGCUGAUGUACCUCAUAGUUGGGCUGUACCUUCCUUAGGUGUCAAAUGUGAUGCUGUACCUGGUCGUUUAAAUCAGAUCUCUAUUUCGGUACAACGAGAAGGGGUUUACUAUGGUCAGUGCAGUGAGAUUUGUGGAACUAAUCAUGCCUUUACGCCUAUCGUCGUAGAAGCUGUUCCUAGUAAAGAUUAUGGUUCUCGGGUAUCCAAUCAAUUAAUCCCACAAACAACAGGGGAAGCUUAAGCGAAAAUGAAAGAGUAGGGUGAGGGAUAAGGGGGGAAGCCACUAAAUGGAAGGCUUCGCUCGCUCUAAGGCUCGUUUAGUAGACAGCGAGUGGAGUGCAUAAGCCCCUUUAGAGUUAGAGAUAGGGGCGAGUACUACACGAGCUCGUAAGUCAAGUACGGAACGAGCGGAGGAGAGCGACCUCAUCUUGCUUGCUUCUGGCGAAGCUUCUAGAAGGCCACCACUUCAUAGGAGCGAUAGCGAAGCCGUAUAAAGGCAAACAGCUCGUAUAGCUCGCAAUAGCGAGCCUACUUUUAGCUUUUUUUUUACUUUAC